UCUAAUGUCUACUGGCUGCGAGCUGCAUUGGAAGGAUCGGGGCCCUCAAGCUACGCAAUGGAGUCAGUAUCCUUGGAGGAUGUUGCUGUGAACUUUACCAUGGAGGAGUGGGCUUUACUGAAUCCAUCCCAAAAGAAACUCUACAGAGAUGUAAUGUUGGAAACAUUUAUGAAUAUGACUGAUAUUGGAAGGAACUGGGACAACCAUCCAAUUGAAGAAGAAUACAAAAAUACCUCAAAAAAUCAAAGUAAUGAAGAGGUAGCAAGAUGGUGUCAAUAUAAACAUUGGAAUCAAUAUAUAAAUCUGUUUCUGUGGGCUCCAGAUGCUAAUGUAGACAUGCAACAAACUGUUGUAAGGCAAGCUGAAAGUUUUGCUUGCAGAAAGCCUCUGAUGGGACAUUUAUCACUAAAUGUGCCCAUUUUACCUCACACUGACUUCAAUCCAGAAAAGUAUUUGGCAUUUACUGUCAGACCUUAUCAGUAUGAACAAUAUGGAAAAAUCUACUCUGAACAUAAUGAAAGAAGUCACCAUGGAGAGACCAUUGUAAGUAAGAAAAGUGUAAAAUCCUCCAGAAGUCACAGUGGUGUUAAAGUUUGUGAAAGUGUUUGCACUGGAAAGAAACUGUAUGUAUGUACGCAAUGUGGGAAAACUUUCAAAACUCAAAGUUGUUGUAAAAUUCAUGAAAGAUUUCACACGGAGGCCAAACCCUAUGUAUGCAAGCAAUGUGGAAAAGGAUUUGUUGAGAAGUCUGCAUUUUGUAGACAUGGAAGAACCCACACUGGUGAGAAACCAUAUAUAUGUAAGCACUGCGGCAAAGCAUUCACUUCAAACCAAAGUUGUCAAAUGCAUGAAAGAACUCACACUGGAGAAAAACCUUAUGUGUGCAAGUUAUGUGGGAAAGCAUUCAGUACACACCAGUACUGCCAAAGACAUGAAAGAACUCAUACUGGGGAGAAACCUUAUAUGUGCAAGAACUGUGGGAAGGCAUUCACUUCACACCAAUACUGUCAAAUACAUGAAAGAAAUCACAGUGGGGAGAAACCUUAUGUGUGUAAGGAAUGUGGGAAGGCAUUUACUAUGCAGAUUCAUUAUAAAAUACAUGAAAGAAUUCACACUGGGGAGAAACCUUAUGUGUGCAAGCAGUGUGGAAAAGCAUUCACUACAUACAAAUAUUGUCAAAGACAUGAAAGAACUCACACUGGGGAGAAACCUUAUGUGUGCAAGCAAUGUGGAAAAGCAUUCACUACAAAGAAUACUUACAAUGUGCAUGAAAGAAUUCAUACUGGAGAGAAACCUUAUGUCUGUAAACAAUGUGGGAGAGGCUUCACUACAUACAGUGGACAUCAAAGUCAUGAAAGAACUCACAUCAGGGAGAAACCUUAUGUAUGUAAACAGUGUGGGAAAGGAUUCACUACAGUCAAAUAUUGUCAAAUACAUGAAAAAACUCACACAGGGGAGAAACAUUAUGUGUGCAAGGAAUGUGGAAAAGCAUUCAAUAGAAAGAGUGACUAUCAGAGACAUGAAAGAACUCACACAGGAGAGAAACCUUAUGUGUGCAAGCACUGUGGGAAGGCAUUCACUACACAUGAAUAUUGUCAAAUACAUGAAAGAACUCACACAGGGGAGAAACUCCAUGUGUGCAAGCAAUGUGGAAAAGCACUCACAACAAAAAGUUCUUAUAUCAUACAUAGAAGAACUCACACUGGGGAGAAACCUUAUGUGUGCAAGGAAUGUGGAAAAGCAUUUGCUAGAAAGAGUUCUUAUAACAUACAUAAAAGAAUUCACACUGGGGAGAAGCCUUAUGUUUGCAAGCAAUGUGGAAAAGCAUUCACUGCAAAGAGGUCUUACAACAUACAUGAAAAAAGCCACAUAGGGGAGAAAUCUUAAUGUAUGUAAGCAAUGUGGAAAAUCAUUUACUACAAAGAGCUGCAACAUACAUGAAAAAAGUAAUAUAGAGAUGGAACCUUGUGUUUGCAAUCAUUGUAGAAAAUGUGUAGGCAUUCUCUAUCUAACUACAUGAAAGAAGUUACACUGAGGAGAAAUCCCAUAUAUGUAACCCUUUUUUGAAAAUAUUGUGAAAAUUCUUCAUAUAGUGGAGAUCUGUACAAAAUAAAUGAAAAAUUCAGUGUCAUCAUUCAUAAGUUUUCCAGAAAAUACAUCCUUACAUGGAGAUACCUAGAAUAUAUUCCUUCUAUAUUUCUCAGUAGAUCAAUUGUAUGUGUCUGAACUAUAUAUUCUUAUUCUUUACUGUAAAAAAUAAUGACAUAUUUUUGUAUGAGCCAUUGCCUUUGAACUUAAUAUAUGGUAUCUUCUAAUUAAAGGGG